AUGGCGAAAUAGUUUGCUACCGAAAUAUAGGUUUAAGUUAUCUUUUUGCAUUCGGAGUUCAGCUAGUAAAAAUUUGAAACAAAUGCAAUGAUAUAUAGUUUUCGUAAUGCAUUUAUUACUCACUGUGGUGUUAAAUUGAAACUACGUUUACAGUUUUCAAACAUAAGCUCUGCGUUUAUUUCAAUGUAAAUGAUCUAUGAAUAGUUUUUAAAAUAUAUAUUUAACCACAAAAUAACUAAAUAUGAAUAACACUGGAGGUAUUGUUGGUGGUGGAGUUGGUUCUUACGAUGCAAAAAUUGCUGGAUUAUAUGACUUGCUGGAUACUCUAGGAUCUGGUCAUUUUGCUGUAGUGAAGUUAGCCAGACAUGUAUUCACUGGGGAGAAAGUGGCUGUAAAAGUUAUAGAUAAGAGCAAGUUGGAUGAAGUUUCAAAAUCACAUUUAUUUCAGGAGGUUCGAUGUAUGAAAUUAGUACAGCAUCCAAAUGUUGUAAGGCUCUAUGAAGUAAUUGACACACAAACCAAGCUUUAUUUGAUAUUAGAGCUAGGUGAUGGAGGAGAUUUAUAUGACUAUAUCAUGAGGCAUGAAACUGGUUUAUCAGAAUCUCUUGCUCGUGACUACUUUCGCCAAAUUGUUCGUGCAAUCUCAUAUUGCCAUAGAUUACAUGUUGUGCAUCGGGAUUUGAAGCCUGAGAAUGUAGUGUUUUUUGAGAAGUUAGGUGUAGUGAAAUUGACUGAUUUUGGUUUUAGUAAUAAGUUUUGUCCAGGACAAAAACUAGAAACUUCCUGUGGUUCUUUAGCUUAUUCAGCACCAGAAAUACUGCUUGGAGAUUCUUAUGAUGCACCUGCAGUAGAUGUGUGGUCACUUGGUGUUAUUCUUUACAUGUUGGUAUGUGGUCAAGCACCAUUCCAAGAAGCUAAUGAUAGUGAAACUUUGACUAUGAUAAUGGACUGUAAAUAUACUAUACCACCGAAUAUCUCAAACUCAUGUAAAAGGUUAAUAGGAAGAAUGUUAGUUAGAGAGCCAGAAAAACGAGCUACAUUAUCAGAAAUUGCCACUGAUUCCUGGGUAACCGCUGGGGAAGGAGUGACGGUAGAAGACUUUGAUGCUCCUUUAGUUACAAAACAGGAUUUGGCUGAAGAAGAUCGUCAAUCCAUCAUUCAAAUAAUGGUAGAUGGAGAUAUAGCAUCAAAGGAAAAAAUUAUAGAGGAAUUAGAAAAAAAUGAAUACAAUCACAUAACUGCUACAUAUUACCUGCUUGCUGAGAGACAACUUAGAUCUAAAAGGCAAGAAGCGAGGCAAAAUGUCCGACGGCCUGAAGCACUGAGCAUGUCUCGUGGGCGUGGCCUACUCGCCCCACCUCAAUUGCCUUCUGCGCCGCGGACGCCACAGGAAGCUCCACCGAGGUCCCGCAAGUGCAGUAUAGUCCGCGAAGAGGAAGACGAUGAAGAGGCAUCCGUGUGUGGACCGGCGCGUGCGCAGGACUCACGCCGCGGCUCUCGCUCUGAAGGACGUCUGCAGUUAGCUAGACCUGCGCAGCUUGCUGAUAAUCUUACUAAGGUGAAUCUAGACGACGGUGUGAAAACCGCUCGUUUAAGUAUAGCACAAGAUACGGUGUCAGUGGUGGAAAGUGCCGCCAGGGCUCCACCGGCACCUCCUCCCGCAAGAAGGCAACGCAUUGAAUGUCGCCGAAGACGACCUCGAACAGGCUCCUGUUCAUCGUCAGACCUUUCUGACGAGGACUCUGAGAAAAAGAAGAGGGCUCCAGAGCACGUGGAACCAUUGGUUGAGCGCCCGCGACGGGACUCCCAUGACGACUCUAGUGAUAGUCAGGAGAGAGGGGCGCGGCCAGCAAGGACGCACAGCGCACAUGCUACAGGCGGUAGCAGCGUAGAACGUAGCGGUUCAACUAGCGGCGGAGGUGGAAGUGGCGGCAGCGGGGGUGGGGGUGACGCGCGGGGGGGAGGCAACUCGGCUGGUAGACGGCGACGAGCCGCCAGGAAGGAAAGUCGCCUACGGGAGUCGCGAUCUCUUAACCGGAUUGCUGAGGUGGAGGAAGCAAGCGGGGCCAGAUGGGGCGGGGUGGGAUUGGUGGCACUCUGUGGAAGGCCCUUUCUUAGACUUCUCGCAGCAGCAAGGCCUUCCCCGGCCGCUAGACGUCUCCAUGCCCUCUGCUAACUUACAAUUAUUCAUAUAACACAUUACACACAACACGCCAUACUAUUCUACACUUAAAUGUUUAGUUGCUCUCCCAUAGACAACUCUAGAAACGUUAUUCUUAAUGUUGCUUUGAUUUUAAAGGUAGAUUCAGAGUCGAGAUUUUUGACUUGCGUGUGUCAAUAAUAUAUUAAAUUUGACAUACUGUAACGGUAUUACUGAAAGUUAUUUUCGAAAUCUCUCCUUGUCCAAUCAAAUCAAUUGAUUCUCGUCCAAUUUCGAUGUUCCCCAGCCUUAGCGAUUAUGCUCGACUCUAUAUAUUACCAUCGGUAGUUCAUUUUCUACACAAUUUCCAUCUAACAUCAUCAGACAUCUUUGAAAAGUUCGUUUUCAAGCCUAAUCAUUUAUUCAUUAUCAAUCUAUUUAUUAUUUAUUUGUCAUACGCAAACCCACCGUUCAUUUAAGGUUCAAUAUUCAAAAUGUUAAUUUCCAAACCGAGUUGGAAACCAUUUAUUAAUUUUUAGAUUAUCAAUCACAAAGUCUUUCAACAUUCAUAUUAUAGUCUUUCACGACCGGAAACACGCCACGCAAAUUAUUCGUUACAUUUGAGCAGAUGACCAAAUUUUACCCAUUUACACCAAAAUGCAAUUAAUUUCUAAGAGCCCUAUUUUUAUUCGAUGGUCUCCGCUAUGAAAGUAAAAAAUUAAGAUUUUUUUUGUGUACCAUUACGUCGAUCGAAUUUUUUAAGUCUAAAGGUAAGAUUCAGAUACUUAGCGCGAACUAUGACUCCCUAAUUUCAAAAUCGGAACGUUUUUGACACACGGGGACCACACUUGGCGCCAAAUUUCAUUUUUGAAUAUCACUCUAAUAAACCGUUGAUAACCAAUCCUUAGGGCCUUGUUUAUUGCUUGCCUGUCUUCUAUAUAACAGUUUUUUGUAAUAGAAUCUCUGGUUUUCAAAAUAAUCGUAAACCAUAUUUUGUAAGUGCUAUGCUUCUUAUCUUAGAAUUCCCGCUCGUUUUACUAAAAGUACUUGUGAAAAAUAAUACUGUUAUUAGGAUUUUGAAUUGUUUAAUGUACGCAAUAUAGAUGUAGACAGACAUGAUAAAGGAAAUUUUUUAAUGCACAAUAUAAUUUCAGGAUUUUUCUAUAAAUUUUUAUUGUUUAAAGACAUAAUAUAUUCGUAAUAUACGUACAUUUCAUAAUAACGUUUAUUCGUGUAGUUAAAGUUAUAUAAAUGUUAAAUGUAAUAGAUUUUUUUAUCACCACAGGUGAUUGAAAUGUAGGAAAUUAGUGUAGAUACAUUAAAUUCGCUUUGCCCCAUCGAUCAUUCGUCAAAUUUUCACUCAAUGCACAACUGUUGUUUUAAAAUAGAUUCAGUACUAUGCGGGUUGUAGGUACAGUCGUUAAGAGACUCGAAGUUUCUACAAACAGUUUAACUACGGACCUCGACGCGACUCGAAACAAAAACCGACCUGAAAAUAGAACAAAAAUUUGUAGAGAAGCGAAACAAGAAAACGUUGUACUACGUACAAUGUACACACUCGAUCUCUACGGGUUUUGUUGUCUCGGCAAGUAUAGAAUCGCGCAGUACAUUUACCAUACUGAAGAAGCUAGUAAUACUAUUGUGUAUUGAGAGAAAUCACGAAUAAAGUAGUAAGAAAUUUUUAAUAACUAAGAUGUUUGUAUAUUGGUAGGAGUAGAUGCGUGCUAUUAGGUAGUUUAAGUGGUACGAGAAAUGAGUUCGCCCUCAAACACGUUUUCUUCUUUCUAUUUAGAAGGUUCAUAUCGAUAUUACGCGUUGGUAUGCUAACACAGUAUAUGACAUUUUUACACAAUAAUUUCCGGUAUCAACGUAUUCACCAAAAGAUUAAUAAAAUAUGAAUUCUCAUGUAGCGUGCCAUCGUUGUACCAUCAUCAUUGAUAGGAACUGAAAAGGGCAUACUUUUCUCUUCGUGAAAGAAAGAAUGAGACAGAAUCUGAAAGACUGUUAGCAGACUUGCGAGUUUGAAAUACUAAAUUUUUAAUUACUCUACACGUAGCUUACAUUUUAGAAACAUUUAUAGUCUGUGCGGCAUACGCGCUGUUUCCGAAUUCAAUUACAAAACUUUUUAAUAUUUUUUUUAAUGGGGCCAUUAUUGUCACACUAUAGUAUACACAGCUAUUUGGAUUAUCAAAAAUUUGUCUGUGGUGAAAGACAAAGACAAGUUUUGUAUUUUGUUACGUACAUUGAGCUUAAAAGGAAAUUAUUAAUUUAUAUAGAUGUGUAACUUAUUUAAGGCCUCUUACGAUAAAUAUUUAUAAUCGCAGUUCCGAUGAGAUUUUUAAUGCAAUAAACAAAAAACCUUACUAGGUCCACAGGGUGUUUUGAAAAUUGCGUUUACUUUGAUCUAUGCAAUUUUGUGAGAAUAACCAUCUUGGUUAUUUUCACUAUCGAUACUCUUCUGGCAAAGCGGUAAUAAUUAGUUCGUACUAAAAAAACGAUUCAGUGUAUACAAGAAAGACUAACCAAAACCCAUAGAAAUAAUAAUCCGCUACGAUUAUAUACCGUAUUUCAAAAUGUGUCUCAAUAUAUCUCGGCAGUGUUCUGGAGUACAGACGUAAGAUACAUUUUAAUUUUUGAAAAAAUUGUCAUUUUUGUAGUUUUCAUGCUGCGUUCAUAAGCUUUUUAUUGUAUUAAUUCUACAAAUUAUAGUUUUGGUGCUAAGUUCUUUUAUAUCUAAUGCAGCUCUAAAGAGGUAUAGUAAAUUUGUUUAAAGGAACUUUGUACGCAUUUCUCUGAAUAUUUAAUAAUUAUUUUUUAAACGCCGUGUAGUUAAAAAAUAGUGAUUAAACAAUUUUCGUCCUUGUAUGAAGUAUCCUGACACGUGUGUUAAUUUUGUAGAAUAGCAUUAUUAAUGUUAAACGUUGUAUUUAAAUAUUUAUGUACAUAUUUUUAAAUUGUUGUAAAUAAAUAGUCUAUUUUAAAUUUUAUAUGAUUAAGCUUUAUUUCGUCAGUGUGUAUUUUCGUUCGGUCUGAAUUGAUAUUUUAUUUUAUGGUGCGAUGUGUUUUCAGUCGUCAGUAAUAACAAGACCAAAGAAUAAAUAGUGUAUGGAGAAUAAUAUUACCUACAUUAUGUGCCAAUGUAUUUUUUUCUACAAAAUUGAUUCAUCUUUUUAUCAAGCAUAUAGAUUAUAUGUAUGGUUCUAUCAUUUAUAUAAAAGUACAUGUAUAACAUAGUUUUUUUCUUUUCUAUUAAAAAUUAAUGUUCGAUAUGUGGGGAAAUAUCUCAGCGAUAGAGUUAAUAUGUAAGUAACUUAGUUUAAAUCAAAAUAAUCUUCGUACGUAGUAUCGAUUUUUUGUAUGUGACGCCAUCCUAUCGUAAUUUGACGUUCUCACAUAUAUAGAAUUGCAUUCUAUGAAUAUGUAGCUGGUGAGUCAUUUUUUAUAUAAUUCUGUAAUUGAAUAAAGCAUACCUACACCUAAAACGCCCUGCAACGUUUUUUUAGGGGGGUUUUUUGCUAAAUUCUUAAUAGUAUUGUUUUUCAUCUGCAAAAUCAUUAAAGCAAUAAUAAGCAUAGUUAUGCUAACAUUGUACCUGAAUGUGCCUAUACGAUGUGAUUACCUGAUACGUAUUGAAGAAUGUGGUCGAACGUUGCUUUUGUUUUGCAUAUUUCUAAUUCUAAACAAAUAACGCUGACUGAUUUAACUGUAGAUUAUUUUUACAUCAAGGCGAAUGUAUGGAUCUAUACAUUUAAUGAAAAUCCGAAAACCUAUCAAAACUACAUGAAAAAACUUUGAAAGCAUUUAUUUUGUACUGUCUUACUGUUUUGAUUGUAAUACCAAGUCUUAAAUACGGAUUUUGUUAGACUGAGGGUUUAACAAUGAUCUGAAAUGACAAGUUAACAGAUUUCUGAUUACGCUGCAACUGUACGCCUUGUCAAUACCCCUACGUAGUCCUAGAUCUACUUAAAUACUACUAUAAUAUAGUACACUAUUGAUAAGUGUCGAUAUUUAGUAUAAACUUAUGCAAUCUUCUGUAUCUAAAAUUAAUAUCCUAUUAAAUUUUGUACUAUUUAGUUACAAUUAUAAAUUCGUUUUUGUAUGGUGUA